UUCAUUCAUGGUCUCACAGAAAGUCUGAUGUUUUUAAAACCCAUUAUAAAGAUGCAUAUUUUCCCCGUUCGGGUGUUAAAAAAAUACUUGAUACAACAAAGAGGCUGAAGAGUCACAUGCGGAUCUGGAGCCGAGGGUUGCUGACCCCUGGUCCACUGUAUGGAAAGGUAAUUCACUUGACUGUGUGCUGUACUUGCUUGAUGCUGUAACUGAUGAAGCCACUUCCUUGUUACUGGGUUCUAUCAGCAAUACUGACUCUGUACUGACUUGGUAUGGAAUAGUAUGUUUGUAUGUAUGUGUAUAUAUGUAUGUAUGUGUAUAUAUAUAUGUAUGUAUACAUAUGAAUAUGUGUAUAUAUGUGUGUAUAGUAUAUGUAUGUGUAUACAUAUGUGUAUAUAUAUAUAUGUUUAUAUAUUUUCACUGUAUUUUAUUUACAGGAAGAUAAAUGACAUGAUCAUAUAUCAUAUAUCAUAUAAUAAUAAAGAGAAAAUAAUAAAGAGUUACAAAUAAGAAUAAAUAAAGAAAAAAACAAUAAAGAGCUACAAGAAAGUGUCAUUCUACCAAAAGAUCAGGACAUUAUUACUGUAUUUGUACGACUUGUUAACAUUGAUAUGGAGAUAUAUGUACAUUGGAAACAAUGUUCAAUAGAUUGUGUUUCAGUAGGACGUUAAUGAUUGGUGCACACCACAAAGCGGAAGAGGUUCACAAGUUGCUGUUGUAACUCUCAGAAGACGCUAUUGUAGUCCUCUCUAGUGCACGUGGCCAAUGAGACAUCUAGCACCUGAUUGGUCAUCAAGAAGAAUGUCCCCUCAGCCACAGGGUGGGAGUUCCACUGUGGAGCAGGUGGAGCAACAACCUAUUAAAGAGGAAGAGGAGGAGCCACAGCCCCCUCUUAUUAAAGAUGAAGAAUUGGAGCCACAGCCCACCCACUUUAAAGAGGAAGAAGAGGAGCCACAGCCCCCUUAUGUUAAAGAGGAAGAGGAAGAACUCAGGAUCACUCAGGAGGGAGAGCAUCUUCUAGGGCCAGAGGAGGCUGAUCUCACCAGGUUGCCACUGACCGGUGUCUCUGUGAAGACCGAAGACCAUGAAGACAAACCACCUGAGUCCUCACAGCUUCAUCAUAGUCCAAGUGAGGAGAUGAGAGAGGCGGAGCCUUCAUGCAGCAGCUCACCACAACACAUGACAACAGAAGCUGAUGGAGACCACUGUGGAGGAUCACAAGCAGACAACCUCUUAGCUCCACUGUCAGAUAGUGACGACACGACGUCACACUCUCCUCAAGAUGAAGACAGCGACUACAACCAAGAACCUUUGAGCAGCGAUACAGACUGUGAAGGUGAUAUGACGACUCACACUGGCAACAAACACUCUGAAAACUCUAAAAAGAAGACCGCUAAACCUUUUAACUGCUCCGUUUGUCAUAAAAGAUUUCCUUGGAAGAGUGAUUUGGCUGGACACAUGAGAAUACACACAGGAGAAAGACCUUUCAGUUGCUCAGACUGUGACAAAAGCUUCACUCUCAAGGCUAACAUGCAAUCACACAUGAGAACACACACAGGAGAAAAACCGUUCAGUUGCUCAGAUUGUGGUAAAGGCUUCAAACGAAAGACAAGUAUGAGAUCACACAUGAGCACCCACAAAGGAGAAAAACCUUUCAGUUGCUCAGACUGCGGUAAAAGCUUCACUCUAAAGGCUAACAUGCGAUCACACAUGAGAACUCACACAGGGGAAAAACCUUUCAGUUGCUCCGACUGUGGCGAAGGCUUCGCGCGAAAGUCAACCAUGCAAUUACACAUGAGGACACACACUGGAGAAAAACCCUUCAGUUGCUCCGACUGUGGCGAAGGCUUCACUCGUAAGGCAACCAUGCAAUCACACAUGUGGACACACACUGGAGAAAAACCUUUCAUUUGCUCCGACUGUGGCGACGGCUUCACUCGAAAGGCAACCAUGCAAUCACACAUGAGGACACACACUGGAGAAAAACCUUACAGUUGCUCGGACUGUGGCAAAGGCUUCACUCAAAAGGCAACCAUGCAAUCACACAUGAGGACGCACACGGGAGAAAAACCGUUCACUUGCUCAGACUGUGGUAAACGUUUCACUCAAAACACGACCCUGAAAAGGCACAUGAGAAUACACACAGGAGAAAGACCUUUCAGCUGCUCAGACUGUGGUAAAAGAUUCACUCUAAAAAGUAACAUGAAAUCACACAUGAGGACACACAUGCAGGGAACGCUUCACUCCAAAGGGAACCAUGCAAUUACACAUGAGGACACACACAGAAGUAAACCCUUUUAGUUGCUCACAUUGUGGUAAAAGCUUCACCCCCCCAUGUCAGGUUGGGUGAUAUGGACCUUAGCAUAUAUCCUGAUAUAUUUGGGCUGUAUCACGAUGUGACGAUAUAAAACUAUAUCAAAUUUGUAUUGAGUGUUGUAUAAAAAGCUACAAACCUUAAGCCAUGGAGAAAUCCACUUGUCUCCAGUUGUAAAGCACAUUUAUUUAUUAUUAACAAAGUGGCUAACUUUUCUAAUGGGUUGAACACAUUGCUACUAAAUCUUCAACUAACUGUAAUGCCUGUGCUUAUGAUGAAGGAAGAUGCAGUCACCCAUGCAACUCCAAUUGCAUAUGUAGAUAUUUUGAUGUUUACACAGUUAGACAGCAAAACAGUGCUUUUAUUUUGAAGGCCCGUAGUAUGUCCUGUUGAGAAUGUCUGUAUGAUGAUUCGGGUACAGGGAUAUACAUGCUUCCUGUCUUCACUCAAAACCUUCAGGUUGUGCAGGGUUGUCAAACGGUGUCAUGCGGAUGUCGCAGCAGGGAGAAUGACAUCACUCUUUUGGACCAGCUGAUAAA